UGUCCUCAUUCCCCCCCGGCCUAAUUCUCAAUUCAAUAUGGCAAACCAAACACUAUUGCUAUCUAGGAGAAUAAUUCCACAACCAACAAUCACACUCUCAUCACCAAGAAGUCAAGUUCCUGAUGAGAGCAUAAUCAGGGAGCAGGUCUUGUCCACUCACAACUAUGAUGGUAGAAAGUUCAACACCAGUUUCAUUUUGAGCAUUGUAGAAAACAUUCUUAGUGUGAAGAUGGGUAUUGGUGAAGAAGCAGGGGUGGAGAAGUUGAAUCAAGUUGAAGAGCUCAUCAAUUAUGAAGAACUUCCUUCUCAUAUCAUCACAGACAACUUUCAUUUGAGGCAGCCCAUGGACAUUCAAGAUGCCGCUUGCAAUGAUCUGGCCUUUUCCUCCAUCUCCAAAGUAUGCUUUUAUGUGCCCCAGUCUGUGACAGUAAUAGCAUCUGAUCCUCCUUCGGUGUUGGAAGUGAUGUUGCGACACUUCAGGAAUUUCAGUAAAAUGACUUUCAUUGGAUGCUGGAUUUGGAGAUCUAGGCCUCGCAGUUAGUUCCUUGAUCUCUUGUAACAGUUUGACCUCUCUGCCUUUCGACUCCAUUAAUUCAAUCU